AUGUGCUUCAUCGGAGGAGACGGGGCAUCUGCAAGCUGGAUUUUGUGGAGGAUGCUGCGGCAAGUGAUACACAGAGGGCUCAAGGCUUCGUUUUACUGGCUGGGCUUAUUUGUUAGCAGGCACCCCGUUUUCUUCCUCACCGUCCCCGCGGUGCUCACCAUCAUUUUCGGAUCUACCGUGCUGAGCCGAUUCAAGCCGGAGACGGACCUCGAGAUCCUGGUCGCCCCGACGCACAGCCUGGCUAAGAUCGAGCGGAGUCUCGCCAACAGCCUGUUCCCCAUCGACCAGUCCAAGCACAAGCUGUAUUCGGAUUUGCACACCCCCGGCAGAUAUGGCAGGUUGAUUCUCCUGGCCAAGUCCGGGGGCAACAUCCUGGAGCUGGCGGACCAGGUUCUGCAGGUCCACAAGCAGGUGCUGGAUCUGCGCGACGGCCGAGUGUCCUUCAUUGGCCACCAGCUGGGCGGCGUGUCCUUCUCGCCCAACAGCCGCGACCAGCAGGUCAAGUUCGCCCGCGCCGUCCAGAUCACCUACUACCUCCGCAACCAUGGUCCCGUGGUGCAGGACGCCAUCGCUGAGCGCUGGGAAAAUGAGUUCUGUGCCCUGGUCAACCGGCUGUCUACGGCUGAGGCCCCCCCAUGCACCGACCAGCUCCACAUCCAGUCGCUCACCUCCUUCAGCCUCUGGCAGGACUUCCACCAGACGGGCGUGCUGGCCAAGGGUGAGGUGCUAGUCAGCCUGGUGCUGGUGCUCCUGGCCGCCACCAUCUCCAGCUCCAUGCGGGACUGCCUGAGGGGGAAGCCGUUCCUCGGCCUGCUGGGUGUGCUCACCAUCUGCAUCGCCAACGUGACUGCUGCAGGGAUCUUCUUCAUAUCGGAUGGGAAGUUCAACUCCACGCUCCUGGGGAUCCCCUUCUUUGCCAUGGGCCAUGGAACCAAAGGGGUGUUUGAGCUGCUAGCAGGCUGGAGGAGAACGAGAGAAAACCUCCCCUUCAAGGAGCGUGUGGCAGAUGCUUUCGCUGAUGUGAUGGUGUGCUACACCAUGACCAGCUCACUCUACAUCAUCACCUUUGGCAUGGGAGCAAGCCCCUUCACCAAUAUUGAGUCUGUCAAGAUUUUUUGCCAGAGCAUGUGUGUCGCCAUCCUGGUCAACUACUUCUAUGUCUUCUCCUUCUACGGUUCCUGUCUGGUGUUUGCUGGACAGUUGGAGCAGAACCGCUAUCAUAGUGUGUUCUGCUGCAAGAUCCCAUCUGUGGAGUACCUGGACCGCCAGCCUACAUGGUUCAAAACAAUGAUGAGUGAUGGCCAUGAUCUGUCCACGCACCACGACAGUGCCCCCUACCAGAACCAUUUCAUCCAGCACUUUCUGCGCGAGCACUACACAGAGUGGAUUACCAACACUUAUGUAAAACCAUUUGUCGUCAUUCUCUAUCUUAUCUACGCCUCCUUCUCCUUCAUGGGAUGUUUACAAAUUAGUGAUGGAUCAAACAUCGUGAAUUUGCUGGCAAGUAACUCCCCAAGUGUUUCGUAUGCACUUACUCAGCAGAAGUACUUCAGUAACUACAGUCCUGUGAUUGGGUUCUACAUUUACGAACCCAUAGAGUACUGGAACUCCACAGUGCAGGAGCACCUGAAGACCCUGAGCCAUGGCUUCAACAAGAUCUCCUGGAUGGACAACUUCUUCCACUACCUGAGGGUGGUAAAUGUGAGUGCAUCGACCAAAACCGACUUCAUCAACAUCCUCAAGAGCUCCUUCCUCCGCAGCCCCGAGUACCAGCACUUCACUGAGGACAUAAUCUUCUCCAAGAACCGGGAGAGUGAUGAAUAUGACAUCAUCGCCUCACGCAUGUACCUUGUGGCGCGGACCACAGAGAAGAAGCGUGAGGAGGUAGUGGAGCUUCUGGAAAAGCUGCGUCCACUGAUGCUGAUUAACAGCAUCAAGUUCAUUGCCUUCAACCCCACCUUUGUGUUCAUGGACCGGUACAGCUCCUCGGUUAUUUCACCCAUCCUAACCUCAGGCUUCAGUGUGCUUACCAUCCUCAUCCUCACUUUCUUCCUGGUCAUCAAUCCUCUAGGAAACUUCUGGCUCAUCCUCACAGUCACUUCUGUGGAGCUGGGCGUGUUGGGUUUGAUGACCCUCUGGAACGUCGGCAUGGACAGCAUCUCAAUCCUGUGCCUUAUUUAUACACUCAACUUUGCCAUGGAUCACUGUGCGCCGCACCUGUACACUUUUGUGCUGGCCACCGAGCACACAAGGACGCAGUGCAUCAAGUUGGCACUGGAGGAGCACGGGGCAGCCAUCUUGCAGAAUGCAUCCUGCUUUGUGAUUGGGAUGAUGCCCCUGGUGUUUGUGCCUUCCAAUCUGACCUACACGCUGUUCAAGUGCUCUCUCCUCACCGCGGGCUGCACUGUGCUGCACUGCUUUGUCAUCCUGCCCGUCUUCCUAACCUUCUUCCCGCCGUCCAAAAAGAGACACAAGAAGAAGAAACGGGCCAAGCGGAAAGAGCGGGAGAGGGAACGGGAAAGGGAGAGAGAGAGGGAAAGGGAGGAGAUAGAGUGCAUCGAAGUCAGGGACAACCCUGAUCAUGUGACUAACGUCUGA